UAAACACACACACACACACACACAUUGUAAUGAGCGGCUCUUCCACGCGACCGCGCCUCAUGAAGCACGCGCACGCACAGUCACGUGACUCAGUCAAAAUGGCGGCGGGGCAACAGUGGGUGUUGGUAGAGAUGGUGCAAGCUUUUUACGAGGCUCCAGCAUAUCAUUUGAUUUUAGAAGGGAUCCUCAUUUUGUGGAUCAUCAGACUGCUGUUUUCCAAAACGUAUAAACUCCAGGAGAGAUCAGACCUCACAGAAAAGGAGAAAGAGGAGUUGAUUGAGGAGUGGCAGCCCGAGCCGCUGGUGCCCCCCGUGUCUAAAGACCAUCCUUCCCUCAACUAUGAUGUGGUCACGGGGCCUCCAAGCCACAAAAUCAUUGUGAAUGGGAAAGAGUGCAUUAACUUUGCCUCAUUUAACUUCCUGGGUCUGCUGGACAGCGAGCGUGUGAAGCUGAAGGCGUUGUUGUCGCUGAAGAAGUACGGCGUGGGGACGUGUGGACCGAGAGGCUUCUAUGGGACCUUCGAUGUUCAUCUGGAGUUAGAGGAGCGAUUGGCCAAGUUCAUGAGAACGGAGGAGGCCAUUAUCUACUCGUAUGGCUUCGCCACCAUCGCCAGUGCUAUCCCAGCGUACUCCAAGAGAGGAGACAUCAUCUUUGUAGACGAGGCGGCGUGUUUCUCCAUCCAGAAAGGCCUGCAGGCUUCACGCAGCUUCGUCAAACACUUCAAACACAACGAUAUGGAGGACCUGGAGCGGCUUCUGAAGGAGCAGGAGAUCGAAGAUCAGAAGAAUCCACGCAAGGCGAGAGUGAUCAGACGCUUCAUCGUAGUUGAGGGGCUCUACAUCAACACUGCAGAUAUCUGCCCACUACCUGACCUGGUGAAGCUGAAGUACAAAUAUAAAGUCCGGAUCUUUCUGGAGGAGAGCAUGUCUUUUGGAGUGCUUGGGGAACACGGAAGAGGAGUCACAGAGCAUUUUGGGGUCAACAUUGAUGAUAUCGACCUCAUAAGUGCCAACAUGGAGAAUGCGCUGGCGUCCAUCGGAGGCUUCUGCUGUGGACGAUCCUUCGUUAUUGAUCAUCAGCGUCUGUCGGGUCAGGGUUACUGUUUCUCAGCGUCUCUUCCACCCAUGCUGGCCUCUGCUGCUAUUGAAGCUCUCAACAUCAUGGAGGAAGAUCCAGGCAUUUUCAGGGUUCUGCAGGAUAAGUGCAAACACGUCCACAAAGCACUACAAGGGCAAGUCCAAUUUACUUCCUUUUUUCCACGAGAGAAAAGGGAAUGUUGA